AUGAGUACGGUAUCAGAGGAGACGGGCGAGUCGAAUGGUCCGCAAUCGUUCAAACACGACUACGACGCUGUGAUUCGGGUUAGAUACCAAAACGAACAUGGGGAAUCAGCAGAAGAAUCAGUGUUUGCUCAUCAAUUGGUUCUCUCAUCAUUUUCACCGGUUUUUCGACAACUUCUCAACGAUUCAUCGAGAUUUGAAGAUGAAAUGAAAGUGAUUGAGCUGGAUCUGAGCAGAUUUUCAAAUGCUCUGCAAGCCUUCAAGCUGAUCAUCGGCGCAUUGUAUACCGACGAGGUCAAGAUUGAUUCGAUUCUUCCGAACGAGGUAACAUUCAUAAUUCUUGCAAUUUGCCGAGAGUGUCAAGUCACUGGAAUCGAGUCGAAAAUAAUGGCAGCAUCGGGAAACUUUAACCUGAGCAAUAUUAUUGGAACAUCUGAUCAACCGAAACCGAUUGAAAUGCCAGCUAUUCCACAGUUUCAGUCCAUUCAAUUGCAAGCUUAUCUGAAUACGAUGGUCCAAAUUUGGAAUAAUCCACUUCUUUCGGCAUUCGUCUCGAAUCCAUUGCUGUUCGCACCACCAUCUCCUACAACAGAUGAAUCAACUAGUCGCACUCAAAGUGAUAGUCGCAGUUCAGGCUCAUCGCCACGAACUAAUUCAAUGAGCACUCCUCCAAAUUUGGAUAUGGAAAAAAUUGUUCCAAACGACGAUAAAGAAGGUUGGUGCCGCAACAAGAAGUACAUCGAAAAAGUUGAAGGCGGCUUCAUGUGCAUCGUUUGCCGCAAAAUCUACGGUCGCUACAAUUCUGUCUCCUACCAUGUUACUAUUUACCAUCGCAAUCCUCCAAUUAGAUGUGAGGAGAACGGAUGCAAUUUUUCGACGCGAGAAGCCCGCUACAUUCAUUUUCACAAAUACUACAGGCAUCACAUUCCUCUUCCGGAAAACAUUGAUCUCGGCUCCCGAAAGUGCCCAUACUGUAGGCAUGUGUCAAAGAGUCCGGCAAUGCUGGAGAAACAUAUUGCACGCCACGAUUCGGACAGUGGAGUUAUUAAAAAAUCAUCGAAGGAUCCGAACAGAAACAGUCGAAAACCAGCCCUGGAUGCAGUCGCCGUACUUCCAACACCAACCGAGCCGGUCAUAUUCCAUCAAUCGACUUCGGCAAUGAAAUGCACGUUGUGUUCGUUCACCACCUUCGGCACAGACGUUCUUUUCAUGCAUCUCGCUUCCGUACAUGCCGAAGAACUCGCGCGCCUCACAUCGGCUCCAAAUCAUUCCGAUCCGGAACCGGCGAUAAUGGCGAACACCUCGAAUCUCGCCCCUCUUCAACUAGACACCUCCAUUUGA